CGGGGCGGGACGAGGGAAGGGGCGGGGCCUUCACCAUCAUUGCCGGUGUACAGGAGGAGAGGGAGCGGGAGUAUAUACCGUCAGGAGGGAACGUGCGGCUUUCUGUGCCCUGUAUAUACCGGCCCGAGCCUCCUCUCAUGUGCCAGGCAGUGAUCUCUCCGGCAUUCCUUGGAUAUUAAUUUCUGCUUCAUUGUGCCGUUCGUUCUCCUCAAUGGCCUCCGGACUGGGACCCUCCUCCCCGGGCAGUGAUGGUUGAGAUUGAAGUGAUGCUGAACAGCGGCCUCCAUCCAGACGAUGACGAUUUGGACGAGGAUCUGUCUGAUGUGGAAACUCCUAAAGUAAAGAAAAAAAAGAAACCCAAAAAACCUCGUGAAUCCAAAGUAACCAAGGGGAAGAGACAGAAAAAGGAGGAUGUAGAUGACAGCUCAGGCGAAGGGAAUGAUUUUGGGGAAGAUGACGGGGGCCUUGCACGUUCCGAUAGUGAGGGCAGUGAUUACACACCUGGUAAGAAGAAGAAGAAAAAGUUGUCACAGAAGAAGGAAAAGAAAAUGAAGGUGAAGCGAGAAGAGGAGGAAGAUGACGAUGAUGAUUCUAAAGAACCAAAGUCUUCAGGGCAACUUUUAGAAGACUGGGGGAUGGAAGAUAUCGAUCAUGUGUUCACGGAGGAUGACUACAGAACUCUGACUAACUACAAGGCUUUCAGUCAGUUCGUCAGGCCUCUCAUAGCAGCGAAGAACCCUAAAAUCGCUGUCUCUAAGAUGAUGAUGGUUCUAGGAGCUAAGUGGAGAGAGUUCAGUACCAACAAUCCCCUGAAGGGCAGCUCCGGAGCAUCUGUGGCUGCUGCAGCCGCUGCCGCUGUGGCCGUGGUUGAAAGUAUGGUCGCUUCUACUGAGGUAACGAUCCCACCUCCACCACCAGCUGAAGUUCCCCUGCGCAAGGCAAAGACGAAGGAAGGAAAAGGACCCAAUGCCAGGAAGAAACCAAAGAUUGUCCGGCCCCCAGAGACUAAGAAAACUAAAGCCAAGAAAGUGGCCCCUUUGAAGAUCAAACUUGCGGGCUUUGGUUCAAAACGCAAGCGCUCCUCUAGCGAGGAGGAGGACCUCGACGUGGACUCUGACUAUGACGAAGGCAGCAUGAACAGCUUGUCCGUAUCUGAUGGAUCCACCAGCAAGAGCAGCCGAAGCCGCAAGAGACUAAAGGCCGCCAAGAAGAAAAAGAAAGGUGAAGAGGAACCAAUACCUGGUGGCAUAGAUGGCUACGAGACAGACCACCAAGACUAUUGCGAGGUUUGUCAGCAAGGGGGAGAGAUCAUCUUGUGUGACACAUGUCCCCGAGCUUACCAUAUGGUUUGCCUAGACCCAGACAUGGACAAAGCGCCUGAGGGCAAAUGGAGUUGUCCUCAUUGCGAAAAAGAGGGAGUGCAGUGGGAGGCCAAAGAGGAUAUCUCUGAGUGCGAUGAGGAUUUGGAUGAGACUGUAGGCGACCCUGAAGAGGAGGACCACCAUAUGGAGUUCUGUCGUGUCUGUAAAGAUGGAGGGGAACUACUUUGUUGUGACGCCUGUCCCUCAUCCUAUCAUAUUCAUUGUCUAAAUCCACCACUGCCUGAGAUACCCAAUGGAGAGUGGCUGUGUCCUCGGUGCACCUGCCCUUCCCUUAAGGGUAAAAUCCAGAAGAUAUUGAUAUGGAAAUGGGGACAGCCACCUUCUCCCUCUUCAACGCACAAACUAGCAGAUCCCACAGCUAUUCUAAAGCCUUUGGAAGGGCGUCCAGAGCGAGAGUUUUUUGUAAAGUGGCAGGGGAUGUCCUAUCUGCACUGCUCUUGGGUUACCGAACUGCAGUUGGAGCUGCACUGUCAAGUGAUGUUCAGGAACUACCAGCGGAAAAACGACAUGGACGAGCCUCCUGCUGGGGAUUACGGAGUAGACGAAGAAGAAAAGAGCCGCAAAAGAAAAAAUAAAGAUCCAAAGUAUCUGGAGAUGGAGGAGAAAUUCUAUCGUUAUGGCAUCAAGCCGGAGUGGAUGAUGAUUCAUCGAGUCUUGAACCACAGUGUUGACAAGAAGGGAAAUGUCCAUUACCUGAUCAAGUGGAGGGACCUUCAAUAUGACCAGGCAUCCUGGGAGAUGGAAGAUGUAGACAUUCAGGAUUAUGACAUGUACAAACAGGGCUACUGGAACCACAGGGAGCUGAUGUGUGGAGAUGAAGGACGGCCUGGUAAAAAGGCGAAGAAACUUAAAUUAAGGAAACUUGAGCGACCACCAGACACCCCAACCGUUGAUCCCACAGUGAAGUAUGAUCGGCAGCAAGACUACUUGGACAUAACCGGAGGCACACUGCAUCCGUACCAGCUAGAGGGAUUAAAUUGGCUGCGUUUCUCAUGGGCACAGGGCACAGACACCAUUCUCGCUGAUGAAAUGGGGCUGGGAAAAACCGUUCAGACCGCAGUAUUCUUGUAUUCUCUUUAUAAAGAGGGUCACUCCAAAGGUCCAUUCUUGGUCAGUGCCCCACUCUCCACCAUCAUUAACUGGGAGCGAGAGUUUGAAAUGUGGGCCCCUGACAUGUAUGUUGUCACAUAUGUCGGAGACAAGGACAGCCGUGCGGUCAUUCGGGAGAACGAGUUUUCGUUUGAAGACAAUGCCAUCCGUGGCGGCAAGAAAGCCUCACGUAUGAAGAAAGAGGCAUCGGUGAAGUUUCAUGUGCUGCUCACUUCCUACGAACUUAUUACCAUCGACAUGGCUGUCCUGGGAUCCAUAGACUGGGCCUGUCUGGUGGUUGAUGAAGCUCAUCGUCUGAAAAACAACCAGUCCAAAUUUUUCAGAGUCCUGAAUGGAUACAGUCUUCAGCACAAGCUGCUCCUGACCGGAACCCCUCUGCAAAACAAUCUCGAGGAAUUGUUCCACUUGCUCAAUUUCUUGACUCCAGAGCGAUUCAAUAACCUGGAGGGUUUCUUGGAGGAAUUUGCAGACAUUGCGAAGGAAGAUCAAAUCAAGAAGCUCCACGACAUGUUGGGUCCUCACAUGCUGAGAAGAUUGAAGGCUGAUGUCUUCAAGAACAUGCCUUCGAAGACUGAGCUGAUUGUCCGUGUGGAGCUUAGCCCCAUGCAGAAGAAAUAUUACAAGUUCAUCCUCACUAGAAACUUUGAAGCUCUAAACACUCGAGGAGGUGGCAACCAAGUGUCUCUGCUCAAUGUGGUGAUGGACCUCAAGAAAUGCUGCAACCACCCAUAUCUCUUCCCAGUAGCUGCUAUGGAAGCACCCAAGAUGCCCAAUGGAAUGUAUGAUGGUAGCGCCCUCAUCAGAGGAGCCGGGAAGUUACUGCUGCUGCAGAAGAUGUUGAGGAAGCUGAAGGAUGAUGGACACAGAGUGCUCAUCUUCUCCCAGAUGACCAAGAUGUUAGACUUGUUGGAAGACUUCCUUGAGCAUGAGGGGUAUAAAUAUGAGCGAAUAGAUGGAGGAAUUACUGGAAACAUGCGACAAGAGGCCAUUGAUCGAUUUAAUGCUCCUGGUGCCCAGCAGUUCUGUUUCCUCCUGUCCACCCGUGCUGGAGGUUUGGGAAUUAAUCUGGCCACAGCAGACACUGUGAUCAUUUAUGACUCUGAUUGGAAUCCUCACAACGAUAUUCAGGCUUUCAGCAGAGCUCACCGUAUUGGACAAAACAAAAAGGUCAUGAUCUACCGGUUUGUGACUCGCGCCUCGGUAGAAGAGAGGAUCACUCAGGUAGCCAAAAAGAAGAUGAUGCUCACUCAUUUAGUCGUACGACCGGGUCUCGGCUCCAAAACCGGCUCCAUGUCGAAGCAGGAACUGGACGACAUCCUGAAGUUUGGUACUGAAGAGCUUUUCAAGGAUGAAGCCACAGAAGGUGGUGAAAACAAGGAGGGUGAGGACAUCAGCGUCAUUCACUAUGAUGACAAAGCCAUAUCUAGACUGCUUGACAGGAACCAGGAUGAGAUAGAAGACACCGAAAUACAAGGAAUGAAUGAGUAUCUGAGUUCCUUUAAAGUGGCGCAAUACGUUGUCCGAGAGGAAGAGAUGGCAGAUGAAGAGGAGGUAGUUCGUGAGAUCAUCAAGCAGGAGGAGAGCGUGGAUCCCGACUACUGGGAGAAGCUUCUCCGACACCACUACGAGCAACAACAGGAAGACUUGGCUCGGAAUCUGGGUAAAGGAAAGAGAAUUCGUAAGCAAGUUAACUACAAUGAUGGCAGCCAAGAGGACAGAGACUGGCAGGAUGAUCAGUCCGAUAACCAAUCGGAUUAUUCUGUGGCGUCCGAAGAAGGAGAUGAAGAUUUCGAUGAGCGCUCAGAGGCAGCUCGUCGGCCUAACAGAAAAGGUUUGCGGAACGAUAAGGAUAAACCUCUUCCACCGCUCCUGGCUCGUGUUGGAGGCAACAUUGAGGUACUAGGUUUCAAUGCCCGGCAGCGAAAGGCUUUCCUGAACGCCAUUAUGCGUUAUGGCAUGCCACCGCAGGAUGCUUUCACUACCCAAUGGCUCGUCAGAGAUCUGCGCGGGAAGUCAGAGAAGGAAUUUAAGGCAUAUGUGUCACUGUUCAUGCGUCAUCUGUGUGAGCCAGGAGCAGAUGGAGCGGAAACCUUUGCAGAUGGAGUCCCGAGAGAAGGUCUCUCUCGCCAGCAUGUAUUAACAAGAAUUGGUGUAAUGUCUCUCAUUCGUAAGAAGGUUCAAGAAUUUGAGCACGUUAAUGGGCGCUGGAGUAUGCCGGAACUUGCCGAGUCCGAGGAGAACAAGAAAACCUCUCCAAUCGACUCUCCCUCUCCCAAAACUCCCACCCCAUCAACGCCAGGAGACACGCAGCCUAAUACCCCAGCUCCACCUGUAGCAAAUGAAGAGGGUGUGAAACCUGAAGAGGGGGCCAUAAAGGAGGAAAGUGCAGAACCUGAAGUGAAAGCUCCUGAGGAAAACAGUGAGAGCACCCCACCGGUACCAGAGACCCGUUCUCCUCCGGCCGCUCAGACGGAGGUGAAGCCAGAGGAGGCUGAGACUCCGGCUCCGGAGAAGCCUCCAGCUCCGGAGAAGCCUCCAGCAGUGGAACCCGUGGAGCCUGAACCGAAAGCAGAGCCAGAGAAAGUGGAUGAAGUGAUCACUGUUGAUGACAAGAAAGAUGAGGAGAAGCCAGUUGCAUUACAGAAUGGAGAAACGCCUAAAGAAGCCACAGAGGAGAAGAUUAGGAAAGCUGCAGCCACUAAGCAAAGAUUCAUGUUCAACAUCGCAGAUGGUGGCUUCACAGAGCUCCAUUCCUUAUGGCAGAACGAAGAGAGAGCCGCAACCGUUACCAAGAAGACGUACGAGAUCUGGCACCGAAGGCACGAUUACUGGCUGUUGUCCGGUAUUAUAAACCAUGGCUAUGCACGCUGGCAGGACAUCCAGAACGACGUGCGAUACGCCAUCCUCAACGAACCCUUCAAAGGUGAAGUAAAUCGGGGCAACUUCCUGGAGAUCAAAAACAAGUUUCUAGCCCGGCGGUUUAAACUUCUUGAACAGGCACUUGUCAUAGAGGAGCAGCUGAGACGAGCUGCGUAUCUCAACAUGUCCGAAGAUCCCUCCCACCCAUCCAUGGCUCUGAAUACGAGGUUCGCAGAGGUGGAGUGUUUGGCAGAAAGUCACCAGCACUUAUCUAAAGAGUCUAUGGCGGGGAACAAGCCAGCAAAUGCCGUUCUACACAAAGGUAUACUUAAGCAGUUGGAAGAACUGUUGAGUGAUAUGAAGGCAGAUGUUACCCGACUCCCAGCUACCAUUGCCCGAAUUCCUCCCGUGGCUGUCCGACUGCAAAUGUCAGAGCGGAACAUUUUGAGCCGACUGGCAAGCCGAGGCGGAGAACCCCAACCCCAGCAGCAGAUGGCUCAGCAAUAACAAUCCCCCUCCUCUGGUCAGGAGAGCAAAGCGUCCACCCACCCCAAACAUUCCCAACUAAGCGCAAGAGGGCCCGGGGAAGGGCACCGUGCAACAUCCAGGGAAAAGACUCGGCAGAGCGGAAACCGCACUCCCGGAACUUAUUAUGGGGUCACAGGAAUCUUGGCAAGAUGUCGCUGUGACCGCAAAAGCCUGAAGGAUGAUCCUAUGAUGGUGCUGCUGCUUCACAAUGGGGUCCACCCCUCCCGUCAGGGGUUCAGGGUCACAUCAAGUACCCCUCAAAGGCCAGAAACUUGCCCUGUGCACAGGUGCAAAUUGCAUCCUGGAAUCAGAAGGAAAUAACUUUUUUUUUUGUUUUGUCUUUAAUUUUAUUUGCUCCAAUCCCCUCACACUGCCCGAGGGGGGCAGGAGGGGUGUCACCCAGGACAGACACCCUACCUCCAUUCUUUUUAAUACAGAACGCGUUGUCGUAUAAUAAAACACAAAAAUACUAA